AUGCACUCGGCUUCCAGUAUGCUGGGAGCGGUGAAGAUGGAAGGGCACGAGCCGUCCGACUGGAGCAGCUACUAUGCCGAGCCGGAGGGCUACUCCUCCGUGAGCAACAUGAACGCCGGCCUGGGGAUGAACGGCAUGAACACGUACAUGAGCAUGUCCGCGGCUGCCAUGGGCAGCGGCUCCGGCAACAUGAGCGCCGGCUCCAUGAACAUGUCCUCGUACGUGGGCGCGGGCAUGAGCCCGUCCCUGGCCGGCAUGUCCCCCGGCGCGGGCGCCAUGGCGAGCAUGGGCGGCUCAGCCGGGGCGGCCGGCGUGGCGGGCAUGGGGCCGCACCUGAGUCCCAGCCUCAGCCCGCUCGGGGGACAGGCGGCCGGGGCCAUGGGCGGCCUGACCCCCUAUGCCAACAUGAACUCCAUGAGCCCGAUGUACGGGCAGGCAGGCCUGAGCCGCGCGCGCGACCCCAAGACGUACCGGCGCAGCUACACGCACGCCAAGCCGCCCUACUCCUACAUCUCGCUCAUCACCAUGGCCAUCCAGCAGAGCCCCAACAAGAUGCUGACGCUGAGCGAGAUCUACCAGUGGAUCAUGGACCUCUUCCCCUUCUACCGGCAGAACCAGCAGCGCUGGCAGAACUCUAUCCGCCACUCGCUAUCUUUCAACGACUGCUUCCUCAAGGUGCCCCGCUCGCCCGACAAGCCCGGCAAGGGCUCCUUCUGGACCCUGCACCCCGACUCGGGCAACAUGUUCGAGAACGGAUGCUACUUGCGCCGCCAGAAGCGCUUCAAGUGUGAGAAGCAGCUGGCCCUGAAGGAAGCCUCAGGCGCCACGGGCGGUGGCAAGAAGGCGGCCGCGGGGGCCCAGACCUCGCAGGGCCAGCUCGGGGAGGCCGCCGGGCCGGCCUCCGAGACUCCGGCGGGCACUGAGUCGCCCCACUCGAGCGCCUCUCCGUGCCAGGAGCACAAGCGAGGAGCCCUGGGGGAGCUGAAGGGAACGCCAGCCGCGGCCCUGAGCCCCCCGGAGCCGGCGCCGUCGCCGGGGCAGCAGCAGCAGCAGGCGGCAGCCCACCUGCUGGCCCCCCCCCAUCACCCAGGCCUGCCGCCCGAGGCCCACCUUAAGCCGGAGCACCACUACGCCUUCAACCACCCUUUCUCCAUCAACAACCUCAUGUCCUCGGAGCAGCAACACCACCACAGCCACCACCACCACCAGCCCCACAAAAUGGACCUCAAGGCCUACGAACAGGUGAUGCACUACCCUGGCUACGGUUCCCCAAUGCCGGGUAGCCUGGCCAUGGGCCCGGUCACGAACAAAGCGGGCCUGGACCCCUCGCCCCUGGCGGCAGACACCUCCUACUACCAGGGAGUAUACUCCCGGCCCAUAAUGAACUCCUCUUAAGAAGACGGCUGGAGCGGGCUAGCCUGGGACAAGGACAAGAGAGAGGAAGUGGGGCGGAGAGUUUGAGGAAGGGGUGUUAGCGGGAUCCAAGGGAGAAGAUAUCCAUUACAUCCCCACCCCCAGGACAGCAGUCUCCCCUCACCUUCGGCAGCUCUCCCUCCCAAACAGAGGGGCCACACUGAUAUCUGUUAUUCUAUAUAAGGAGGGAAGGCAAAAAGAGAAAUAGUCAAAAACAAACAAACACAGAAAAGAGGAAGAAAAGAGCAAAAAGCCUCCUGUUUCCACUACUGUGUAGACGCCUGCUUCUUUAAGCAUUUGAGAGUUCUGAUUUUUUGUUGUUGUCUUUCUCCUCCAGUGCUGCUGUUGCAGGGAAGUCUUACUUUAUUAAAAAAAAAAACAAAAAAA